AAGGUGCCAUUGUGCAGUCUGUCCCCCCCCCCCCCCCCGUUACUCUGUGUAAUUGGGCCUAUAGGACGUGUCAUGCUGGUCGUCCUUCUCUCCAUUUCCUGCUGAACGGACAUCUGCUUCUCCUGGACCGGGAAGCAGUGUGAAGACACCUUUGCUGGUUCCUCCCUCAUUUCCUCUGUGUGCUGAAGGGAAAAGAGCCACCAUGAAGCCUUUUCAGGGCCCGGUGUCCUUUGAAGAGGUGGCUAUGCAUUUCACUGAGGAGGAGUGGAUCCUGCUGAGUCCAGCUCAACAAGUUUUGUACAAGGAAGUCAUGCUGGAGAAUUUUGGGAAUGUGGCCUCUCUAGGACCCGGGACUGUCAAACCUGACCUCAUCUCAUGGCUGGAAGAAGAAGACAGAAUCGAUGGAUAUGCACAAAGAGUGCAGACAAGGGAGAAAAAAUAUAAAUGCCUGGAGUGUGAAAAUAGAAAGUGCCUGGAGUGUGGAGAAACCUUCAAGAGUUGUAGAUGUCUUAUUUCCCAUCAAAGAAUUCACUCAGGGGGGAAACCAUAUAAAUGCCCGGAGUGUGGAAAAAGCUUUAGACAGAGUAAUCACCUUACUUCCCAUAGAAGAAUUCACACAGGGAAGAAAACAUGUAAAUGCCUGGAGUGUGGGAGAAGCUCCUGUCAGAGUGACAGCCUUUCUCUCCAUCAAAGAAUUCAUGCAGGGGAGAAACCAUAUGAAUGCCUUGUGUGUAGGAAAAGCUUCAGGAGUUAUCCAAGUCUUACUUGUCAUCAAAGAAUACACACAGGGGAGAAACCAUAUAAAUGCCUGGAGUGUGGGAAAAGCUUUAUUCGGAAAGACAAACUUAAUAUUCAUCAAAGAAUUCACACAGGGGUGAAACCAUAUCAAUGCCUGGAGUGUGGGAAAAGCUUCAGUCGAAAGGACAAACUUACUGCUCAUCAAAGAAUUCACACAGGGGAGAAACCAUAUAAAUGCCUGGAGUGUGGGAGAACCUUUAGUCAGAGUUACAAUCUUACUUCACAUCAAAGAAUUCAUGUGGGGGAGAAACCAUAUAAAUGCCUGGAGUGUGGAAAAAGCUUCAAGAGGAGGAUAGAUCUUACUUCCCAUAAAAGAAUUCACACAGGGGAGAAACCAUAUAAAUGUCUGGAGUGUGGGAAAAGCUUCUCUUGGAGAGACAGCCUUAUUUCCCAUCAAAGAACUCACACGGGGGAGAAACCAUAUAAAUGCCUGGAGUGUGGGAAGGACUUCAAAAAUUGUGGAAAUCUUACUUCCCAUGAAAGAAUUCACACAGGGGAGAAACCAUAUAAAUGCCUGGAGUGUGGGAAAAGCUUCUGUCGGAGAUACAACCUUACUUCCCAUCAAAGAACUCACACAGGGGAGAAACCAUAUAAAUGCCUGGAGUGUGGGAAGGACUUCAAAAAUAGUGCACAUCUAACUUUCCAUGAAAGAACUCACACAGAGGAGAAACUAUAUAAAUGCCUGGAGUGUGGGAAAAGCUUCAGUCGCAAUUCAGUACUUGCUCGCCACCAAAGAAUCCACACAGGGGAGAACCCAUAUAAACGCCAGGAGUGUGGGGAAAACUUCAAGAAUAAUAUAAAUCUUUCUUCCCAUCAAAACCCAGUGUCCUUUGAAGAAGUUGCUGUGCAUUUUACCGAGGAGGAGUGGUUCCUGCUGAGUCCAGUUCAGCGAGUUUUGUACAAGGAAGUUAUGCUGGAGAAUUUUGGGAAUGUGGCCUCUCUAGGAAUUCACACAGGGGGUAAACCAUAUAGAUGCUUGGAGUGUGGAAAAACCUUUAGUCAGAAUAAUCACCUUACUUCACAUCAGAGAAUUCACACAGGGAAGAAAACAUGUAAAUCUAUUGAGUGUAGAAAAAGCUUCUGUGAGAAUUCAGCACUUGUUUGCCAUCAAGGAAUUCACACAAGGGAAAAACUAUAUAAAUGCCUGGAGUGUGGGAAAAGCUUUUGUCGGAGUGACAGCCUUUCUCUCCAUCAAAGAAUUCAUACAGGGGAGAAACCAUAUGAAUGCCUGGUGUGUGGGGAAAGCUUCAGGAGUUAUCCAAAUCUUACUUGUCAUAAAAGAAUACACACAGGGGAGAAACCAUAUCAAUGCCAGGAGUGUUGGAAAAGCUUUAGUAGGAAGGACAAACUUGAUAUUCAUCAAAGAAUUCACACAGGGGUCAAAUCAUAUCAGUGCUUGGAGUGUGGGAAAAGCUUCAGUCGGAAGGACAAACUUACUAUUCAUCAAAGAAUUCACACAGGAGAGAAACCGUAUAAAUGCCUGGAAUGUGGGAGAAGCUUUAGUCAGAGUAACCAACUUACUUCGCAUCAAAGAAUUCAUGUGGGGGAGAAACCAUACCAGUGCCUCGAGUGUGGGAAAAGUUUCAGUCACAGUGGAAGCCUUACUACCCAUAAAAGAAUUCACACAGGAGAGAAACCAUAUAAAUGCCUGGAGUGUGGAAAAAGCUUCAAUACUAGUUCACAACUUAUUUCACAUCAAAGAAUCCACACGGGGAGAACCCAUAUAAACGCCAGGAGUAUGAGAAAAACUUCAAGAAUAAUAUAA